UUGUUUUCUCGCGAGAGUCCGCGAAGUUUCCGGUGUUGUGUAUGUUCCUGGAAACAUGGCGGCCAGCUUCCGCGGCCGUCCUAUCCGGAGUCUUCGGAUGCGAGGUCGGAAUGACAGCGGGGAAGAGAACGUACCGCUGGAUCUGACCAGAGAACCGUCAGAAAACUUCAAAGAAAUCCUUCAAAAUGUGGCCAAACCGCAUGGAGUCAGUAACAUGCGAAAACUGGGCCACCUGAACAACUUCAUAAAGCUGCUAUGCAGCAUUGGCCACCAUGAAGAAAACUUUGGGUUUACAUAUGAAGAAAUCAUAAUUUGUCUGCGACUAGCUCUAUUAAAUGAGGCUAAGGAAGUGCGUGCUGCGGGGUUGCGGGCGCUCCGCUACCUCAUCAGAGACACCACUGUGCUGCAGAAGGUCCUCAGACUACAGGUGGAUUAUUUGAUAGCCAGAUGCAUUGACAUCCAGCAGAGCAAUGAGGGCGAGAGGACUCAGGCCCUGCGACUGGUCCGAAAGAUUAUCACUGUCAAUGCCAUGCUGUUCCCCACCUCCAUUGCAAACUCUCUGAUUGCCGUGGGGACCGAUGGGCUGCAGGAAAGAGACCGCAUGGUCCGCGCUGCCAUCGCCAUCGUGUGUGAGCUAGCCUUGAAGAACCCGGAGGUAGUGGCCAAACGCGGAGGCCUCAGCACCAUCCUCAAGAACGUAAUAGACUGUCAACUGAGUCGCAUCAACGAAGCACUGAUCACCACUGUCCUCCAUCUACUCAACCACCCGCGCACUCGUCAGUAUGUGCGUAUUGACGUGGAGCUGGAGCAAAUCCUGGCGCCUUUCACAGAUUUUCACUAUCGCCACAACGCAGACACGACUGAAGGGCAACUCAAGGAAGACAGAGAGUCCCGUUUUUUGUCGAGCAGAAUGGCCAUAGUGGCUGCCUUCCGCUCCUGGUCUGGAAUCAUCAACCUAUGCAAGGCUGGCAAUUCUGGAAUCCAGUCUCUAAUUGGCUUACUGUGCAUACCAAAUAUGGAAGUGAGGAAAGGCUUGCUGGAGGUGUUGUAUGAGAUUUUCAGGCUCCCUGUGCCAAUUAUAACUCAAGACUUCACGGAAGCCCUUCUAAGUGUUGACCCUGCCAGGUUCCAGGACACUUGGAGACUGUCCGAUGGGUUUGUUGCUGCUGAGGCCAAAGUCGUCCUACCCCACCGGGCCCGCUCUAGGCCCGACCUGAUGGACAACUACCUGGCAUUCGUUCUUUCUGCCUUCAUCACCAGUGGGCUGUUAGAGGGUAUUGUUGAAGUUGUGACUAGUAGCGACGACCAGCUCGCGGUCAGAGCCACCAUCCUCUUGGGAGAACUUCUACACAUGGCAAACACCAUCCUUCCUCAUUCCCACAGCCACCACCUGCACUGCCUCCCCACCCUCAUCAACAUGGCAGCCUCCUUUGACAUCCCCCAAGAGAAACGACUUCGGGCCAGUGCCGCCGUCAACAAUCUGAAACGUUUCCAUGAGAAGAAGAAGAAAGGUUUGAUACCUCACAGUCUUUACCUGGACCACAUCAUUCGCAAGUCUGUGUCGACACACAGCCGCAGAGACUCACACACUCGCGUCCACAGGGACAUCUAUGUCAUAAAGGACACAGAAGAAGCACUGAUGAUGAACCUGAGAGACAGUCACAUUCUCAACCACAAGCAGAACCUGGAGUGGAACUGGCUGCUUAUCGCCACCAUCCUUAAGUGGCCAAAUGUAAACCUCAGGAACAACAAAGAUGAACAGAUGCACAAGUUUGUCCGAAGGCUGCUGUACUUUUAUAAGCCCAGUAGUAAAUUGUACGCUGGCCUGGCGUUGGAUCACCUAAAGGCCAGACAACUCACCGUGGUUGGUUGUCAGUUUGUCGAGUUUCUCAUGGAAUCAGAUGAGGAUGGCCAGGGUUACCUAGAGGACCUGGUGAGGGACAUGGUGUCGUGGCUGUCCUCAUCCUCGGGGCUGAAGCCUGAGCGAUGUCUCCAGAGCAACGGCCUGCUCACGACACUCAGCCAGCACUACUUCCUCUUCCUGGGGACACUCUCUGCUCACCCACAAGGAGUCAAACUGCUAGAGAAAUGUGGCCUGUUUCAGUGCCUGCUGAACCUGUGCUCUGUAAAGAACCAGGAUGCUGUGCUGAAACUUGCUGUAUCCACACUGGACUACAGCAGAGACGGUCUGGCCAGAGUGAUCCUCUCCAAGAUCCUCACUGCUGCUACUGAUACGUGCAGGCUGUAUGCUACCAAGCACCUCCGGGUGCUGCUGCGUGCGGGCGUGGAGUUCUUCAGUAGCUGGGGCAUGGAGCUGCUGGUCACGCAGCUUCACGACCACAGCAAGGCGGUUUCUAUGGAGGCCCUGGACAUACUGGACGAGGCCUGUGAAGACAAGGCUAACCUCCAUGCUCUAAUCCAGUUGAAACCAGCUGUGUCCCACCUGGGGGACAAGGGCCUCCUGUUGCUCCUCAGGUUCCUGUCCAUUCCUAAAGGUUUCUCCUACCUCAAUGAGAGGGGCUACGUCAGCAAACAGCUCGAUAAAUGGCAGAAGGAGUACAACCUUAAGUAUGUCGACCUGAUAGAGGAGCAGCUCAAUGAAGCACUAACAACUUACCGCAAACCUGUAGAUGGAGACAACUACGUUAGACGCAGCAACCAAAGGUUACAAAGACCAAAUGUCUAUCUCCCUGUGCACUUGUACGGUCAGCUGGUCCAUGAUAAAACAGGCUGUCAUCUGUUGGAGGCUCAGAGUGUGGUGCCUGACCUCAGCUACACAGUUCGCUCCCCGAUGCUGGACACCUGGGAGGGCAUUAAACAGCUGAAGGCUGCUCUCUGGGCACUGGGCAACAUUGGCUCUUCCAACUGGGGUCUGAAUCUCCUGCAGGAGGAAAAUGUCAUUCCUGACAUCCUCGCUUUGGCUCAGCACUGUGAAGUGCUGUCGGUGCGAGGGACGUGUGUGUACGUGCUGGGUGUGAUCUCCAAGACCAGGCAGGGCUGUGAGGUGCUGAAGCAGUAUGGUUGGGAUGCCGUCAGACACAGUCGCAGGACGCUGUGGCCUGUCACUCCGGAGGAGGUCGACGCACAACUGACUUCUGAACUCUCUUCAGUACCAAGCACACUCAGUCUGAACUCUGAAUCCACCAGCUCCCGCCAUAACAGUGAGAGCGAGUCUCAACCAAAUAUGUACAUCCUGGAUGAUGACAAGUGUGAUGUUCUGGACCAGUCAGACGAGUCCUCUUUCUAUCUACACUCCAAACCUGUUAAAGACCGCAGCCCCUUCACAAUCCUGGCCUCCACUCGCUUCGUUCGCAACCGCUUUCUCAACUCCCUGUCCCUCCCCAGCAAGAAGCUGCGCUCCACUAGCGACCCCAAGACCCCGUCGGGCUCUCGCACCCCCACCGAGCUCAAGACGGGGAACAUGAGGCGGAACCGGACGGUGACGGAGCCCUCGGUGUACAGCCCGAACCAGGGGGACGUUUUCACCACUGUGUUUAAUGGCAGAGGAAUGCCAAAGAGUCCAACGGUCAGCCUGGAGGCGUCCUUGGUCGGGACCAGGGGGGGCUCGGAGGAGCAUCUUGUCGAUGGCAGGCUGCCCAGGGGAGGAGGUUCAGGCCUCGGACUCAGUGGCCUUGGAGGGCAUGGGGCUGUGGAGCACCACAACAGAGAGAGAGAGCAGAGCAGCCGAGAGCGCCUAGCAGGAGGAGAUGGCGGCUCCUCUUCUAGCGGGGGCAAUGUGGGUGGGGGUGGUGGAGGGACUCAGUUUAAAAGCCGCAGUCAGAGCUUUAACACGGACACCACCACCAGUGGUAUCAGCUCCAUGAGCUCCAGUCCCUCCCGGGAGACUGUUGGGAACCCGGAGCAUCCGGAGCCUGAACCAGACUCUUCCGACUGUGUGAGCCUCAACACAGUCGUGUCUGCCAAGACUGUCAAAACCCUCUCUUCCCUUACCCCCCAGGCCCAGACUAACCACAUGUCCACGUCCAAGUCCUCUACUGUCUCUCUGGUACCACCGGGCUCUUCGCACACUCUGCCCCGCCGAGCUCAGUCCCUCAAGUCUCCCUCCGUGGCCACCAUCAAAAGCCUGGCCGAUUGUAGCUUCAUGUACACCAGCCCCAGAGACGCGCUGGGCUAUGCUACACUGAAGAGGCUGCAGCAGCAGAGGAUACACCCGUCUUUGUCCCACAGUGAAGCGUUGGCUUCGCCUGCCAAAGAUGUGCUGUUCACGGACACCAUCACCAUGAAGACCGGCAGCCUGGACUCGAGAUUAACUCCUCGCAGUCUCUCCCCCCGUAUCCUCUCACACGCCUCUCCUCUCGCCCUCCCUAGGUUUCUGAAAGCUCUGAGCUUUGCCUCUCUGGAUAAAGAGGAACUGCUCAGUCCCAUCAACCAAAGCACCAUGCACCGCUGCUCUUCAGUGCGCUCCAUGGUCUCUAGUGCCACCUUCGGGUGCAACGAUGACUACGUCGGUUUAGCGCUACCAAUGGACAUCAACGACAUGUUCCACAUCAGAGACUCGGCGUACUUUCAGCAGAGGAUCAGUCCGCCUUCAGAAGAGCGGAAACGCUUCCUUUUUGGCGACGGCGACGGUGACCGCCCUGCCAUUCCAGUGCUGAAGCAGCAGUUUAGUAUCUCGGAGCUGAUAGUGUGCCGAGGCGACACCCAGAACCAUGUGGUGGGUUCAGAGGAGACAGGCCUGCAGGAACACACCGAAGAAAACUGCCUCUACUGCGUAGGAGCCAUUGUUCUCGGAUACCCCACACAGCCGCAGAUCAACAGCACGCACCCUCGGACCGAUUACGUCGACUUCCCGUCAUGGGGAGGUCAGAGCGGCCAUCGUCUGGAGGUGAUGCCACAGUCCAAGUUCUCUGGGGUGUCAGGCUGCAGUGAUGCUGCUGUGUCACAAGGCUCAAUCUGUAGCACGCCCACACCUGGUGACAUUGUCAUUGGUGGCAAGGCGAUAUCAGAAGAUGGCCCCGCCUCUCGAGUCUUGCUGAGGAAGGAGGUGCUCCGUCUCAUCAUCAACCUCAGCUCCUCUGUAGGAACCAAAGGACACGAAACAGGACUACUGACGAUAAAGGAGAAGUUUCCUUAUGCGUUUGAUGACAUUUGCCUGUACUCCGAGGUCUCUCACCUCUUAUCCCAUUGUAUGUUUCGCUUGACCUCAAGACGCUUCAUACAAGAACUCUUCCAGGACGUGCAAUUUAUGCCAAUGUACGAGGAAGCAGAGGCGAUCCUGACAAAGCUACCAAAACCCGUCGAAGAAGACGCCGACCCUCCCGCAGAAUCCUGAUCACCCUCCGCCCCCCGUGUUUCCCCCCCGCACAGCUGCAGUCCUGGCUCCUUAAAACCAUGGAAAGAAAGCAAGACUGAGAUAAUAUAAGUUAUGGGUCUGGGAAAUGGGGAAACGUUUGAUAUGUUUCUAUUGCUCGAAACAGAGUGCCACAGCCAAGGAAAAAGGAGGAGAUGGUCACCACUCAACAUUUCUUCUAGCGAACACGAGCUGGAAACAAAGGACGUCAGUAUCUGUAAACAAAUGUAACCCGUCACGCCUAAUGCUGUUUUUAGACUUUUUAUUUGUUUGCGGGAGAAAGGGGGAGCCGUUUAACCAAAUACUAUUUUCGGAUGGGUUGGCAAUCUUGAGCAACACUCAAUAAUACAUCAACAUAAUACUUAAGAACAAGCUGGAUCGUUAAGACAAAGACUCGAGCUGUAUUUAAAAGAAAAAAAAAAAAAGAAAAGAAUAAUAAUAAUAAUAAUGUUGAUUUUAUCUCUUUCCUGAGGUGGUGUUUUUUUUUCUGUAACGAGAUAAGACAUGUUGUCGUGUCUGCCUGGUGAUUCCUCGGGACCUUGUGUUAUUUUCUCCAACGAAACACUACAGAGGGAUCCGUCAGUUUUUAACAAGUAUCGUGAGCCUUCCCGGUUCAUAUCCCACCCCCCUGACGUGUGAUUCUUUCUAGCCGGAUUUCUUCUUUCGCUUCUCCUUCCUCACCACUUCCUACAACCUGUAGCCUCUUGUCAGCACAGACAGCCAAUUACUUUUCUAUUGUAUCUCAGACAAUCAAACAUCACUAGUAUUGUACUUUCUAAAGCAUUAUAUCUACCGCCCCUUACAGAGUACAUAAGGAGAAUAGCAUGUGAUUUAGUGCUAGUUUAUGCCAUCCUUUACUUGCUUAGGACCUUUAAUGUUUUUUCUUCAACCGUCGCAUUUUUUAGUCGGCAUCUGAGGACCUGGCUUAGUCUUUGGUAAGACGCUCGGUUAUACAAGCUAUCUGUAGACUGCUUCGUUACAGAUUUACUACCAAACUCUGCUCACAGACCUGCAGCUACCUGUCACUAUGCCUUCUUACCUCCGCGCUUCACCUCCACUGCAUGCCCUACAAGCAUGGCAAACUUGUAACGCCACCUUAACGUGUUUCCGCUUGUAAACCCCCCCUUCCUUAUUUUUUUUUUUUUUUUUUAAGAAAAAAAAAAUAUAGGUUGCCAUUUACAUGCUGCCAUAACGUUUUUUGAGUAUAUUUACCCUUGGAUCUGUUUCCACGAUGCAAUAUCACUGUCUGUCGUUGGGUGAGAUGGAGGGGAUGUGAUAAACUAAAGGAGUUGUGAGAGGUUUCCAGGGAAACAGGGAUCUCUUGUUUCCAUUGGCUUGUUCUUGCUAUAAUGCUGCUACACAAAUGGACUCAUAGAGAGAUGAUUCAUAGAUCAGCUGAGUGAUGUCAGAUCCGAUCUAUUUAUUAUAUGUCUGUACCAUAGAGUGAGCUCGACCAGAGAAGAAAAAAGUUAUUUAUAUUUUUUCCUCAAGACUGUAUUAUAAUUUAAAAAGAUUUUUUUUUUUUUUUUUUUUUUUUUUGUUUUGCCUGAACCGUGGUUUCCCUUGUAUAAUGUGUACAGUAUGUUUUUGAGGGCAUUGAUGACCUAAAGAAACAUACAAUCCUAUCAGAGGGAUGCAUUGUUAAUAAAACAACAUUUGAAAUACCCAA